AUGGCUGCAGAGGAGCUGGAGAAAAUCACUCUGGUCACACAGUUGUCAGACCGAGCUAUACAGGAGUAUGAAGGCCUGCAAAAGAAGCAUGAGACAGCAACAAAUGAGUGCAAGAGGCUGGAGGAGGAGAGAGACGAGGCCAUCAAGAGGAUCAAUGAGUUCCAGCAAGUUUCUCAGAUGGUCAUCGAGGAGGUCAGCGCCAUUCAGGAGGACCUGGAGAUCGAGAGGACGUGUAGAGAAAAUGCUGAAGUCCUGGCCUCCAAGCUGAACCGCCAGAACCGCUCUCUGAAGAGGAAGAGCAUGAUGUUGCUGUCCCACCUCAGCCCAGAGAUCAUCACUGAGAUUAACCUUGACGAUGAAGAGGAGGAAGAGGGUGAAGUGAUACAUGAAGCCUGCCAGGUCUCACUCUCCCCCGAGUGCCAGACCACCAUCUCAGAACUAGAAGAUAAAUUGGAGUUGACACUGAAGGAAAAAGAUCAAGCAGUUGCUGAUCUUGAGGAAGUGAAAGAACUAUUGAAGGAAACCAGGGAAGAACUGCUGAAAGAGAAACACGAUAACACUGUUUUAAUUGCUGAGGCAAUGAAGCAUAAGAAGCUCCUGAAGAAAUAUCACAGAGUGUCUCAGUUUGCUGUGGAAGAAUACGAGGUCUUACAGGACACUUUGAACCUGGAGCAGAACCUGAGGACAGAGGCAGAGAACUUUGCCAGAGCAAUGGUGGUUGAAAAAAAGACACUCGAGACACAGAAUCAGAUCCUGAUGCAGGACUCUUCACCAAACCUAGCUCUACAGGAAGCCCUCAGCCUGGUCACCAAACUGACCCAGGAUCUGGAGACACAGAAGCUGGAGCACCAGGACCAGAUAAAGCAGAUGGAGGACAGGUUGAGGAGCUGCGGGGCUGAAAAGGAGCUGACAGCAUUGAGGCGUAAACUGGAACUUGUGGAGGAGGAGAAGAGGGAGUGCAGCAAGAAUUGCUCCAAGGCUGAAGUGGAGGUCAAGGAUCUACGGUUUACGGUUGAGGAGCUCCAGAAGAAGCUGCAGGCGUUGACCAACCCACCCCCUGCUGCUGCAGCACCUCCACCUCCACCACCUCCUCCACCUCCACCUCCUCCAACACUAACACUGGCCUCUAACCCACUCAGCUCCCUGUUAUCAAUAAUCAGAAAGAGGAGAGGCACCAGCACUGACAUCCCACUUGUGGAGCAGGACUCUGCCAAGACUCCAGAAUUGGACAUCAAACAGAAGGCAGUGGACGAAAUGAUGCAAAGGAUCAAGAAAGGGGUUCAACUUCGACCUGUCAGCCAGACACCUAACAGACGCAGGAGACCGAUGGAGAGGCCACCCUCUAAUUCUGCCAUCCAGGAACUUAAAGGAAUCAUGGAGAAUUUCAAUAGAGCCUCCCCCAAACCAAAGCCAGCGUCUCCAUCAGAGGCCCGCGACGACGAGCUGCAGAGAGUCCUGCUGAAGCGACGGAAUGCAGCGGACUCCAAACACAACCCCAGUUCCAAUCCAGACCUCUCUGCUGCUAUGUGAACGCUGCCACCAGACAUCACUCUGCUCCUACACACACUGGAUGUACUGUAGCUGACUGCUGAUCACAUGAUGGAAAAAUCCAUUUAUCUCUUCUUUUUUUUUUUUUUUUUUUGAUAUACAGAAUCAUGUUAAAGUAUAACAUGAAAACAGGUGGCUCAUCAGCAGAUUCCUACUUUAAGUCCAAUGGGAGCAGGCUUCAGGGUUGUGAAUCUAUCCAGAGGUUUAUGUAGCAUGUGGACUUUACAUUGAGGCCGUUUCAUUUCAGUGAAAAGACAGAUCUCGCACUUUCUUCUCAGGGUUCAUUCAGCUCUUUUUUUCCAGUACUGAAGGUGAAUCCCAGUCUACUGUGUGCACUGGGAGGAACAGUGCAGUGGGGUUUUGCAGCCUUGAGUCAAAGUACUGCAUGUCCUCUGCAUUGUUCCGUCUAGACCAGCGUUAACCUUGUAGCCUCCCAGUGAGCAAUUACAGGCCACUGUGGCAGAUUUUCUCUCCGCUGCUACCACCACCACC